AUGACUCAGAAACUGCCUUCCUCCAGUCGGACAGAUACCAUGGUAUCUGUCCGACUGGACAGUCUCAUCAAUCUUCUCCAGUGUCUUUCCCUCGACGAUCAAAAGACACUAUCUCAGGCCUUAGACAUUGGCACGGACACGGGCACCGAUGGUGAUACAUCCAAUGAUAACAUCACCGUCAGAAUGGGCCUGGGCCCUGCCGCUGGCAGCACCGAAAUGGCAUUGGCUGCUCUUCCCGCUGUCUCUGAUGACCCCCCUGCUACAACCAUUGACAGUCCCAGGGAAGCUGCACCAGUUGCUUCUCCUGGCGCAGCUGCUGCCCAUAGUGCUGGCACCACUCCUACUUCUGCCCCCGCAACUGCACAUGCUGCUGCUCCCACUGUGGUUGUUCCUGCAGGGCAUGUCACUGUCUAUGUCGAUUACGAGGAAAACGACUCCUCUGAUGACGAAGAUGCGGCUGCUGCAGCUGCUGCACUUGCGAAUGAUUCCACAUUGAUUCAUUACCGCGAUACCUACUUCAAUGUCCCAGUUGAUGCCACCCCGCCGCUCUAUUAUGUGACUCGAGGUCGCUACAUCGGCAUCUUUUCAGGCUGGGAUGCAACCGGUCCCAAAGUGCUCGGUGUCUCUCGAGCCAUCUACCACAAGGUGGAUUCCAUCGAGCAAGGGAUAAACAUCGUGAAGGGUGCAAUUGAUCGCGGUGAUGCUUCGCAGGCCUUGUAG